CUACUUAGGGUACAACAUAAAGGAUUAAGCGCCCUAUCUAGUGCACUUAAUUUUAAUGUUAGUGCAAUUCUGGAUACGAGCAGUUGUUUUCCCCCGAAUAAAGCAGGUUUUGCGGUUUAAAUCUAGCGCUUUUUAACUGUGCUUCGUUGUAUUUGUGUUUAUUUUUGUAACUGUUUGUGUGGAUUUUUUUUGUAAAUUAAAUUUUUGCUUAAAAAAUACUGAAAUCCCAUAAGCUUGUGAUGAGCUUAUCCGGAGUAGUGAAGGGGGUUUAUUAUAGUAAAUAAGGCCUCUCAGGAAUAAUGCAGGACAGACAGGAGCUGCAGGAAUAACAGUGCACUUGCUGGUUAGUGUUAGUUAGUGAUAUUAAUAUGCACAUGUUUAUUUUUGAGCUUGGUCAGAUAGGAAAUGAAUAGUUGCUGGAUGCUCCAUGUGUUGUAGGGCGUAACAGCUGCACUGCUGUAUGAAUCUGUCAUUUAAUUCAGGAUAAGAUGGAAUUCCAUUUCGACCUGAACCCUUUGUUUCCGGAGAGAAUUUCAGUCCUGGAUCAGAACCUUUGUGCUGCACGGAAACCACACGGGAGACCUGAUGCCCAAAACCAGACUGCCACCAUCAUAGAUGAGUUAGGAAAGGCCUCAGCCAAGGCGCAGCUGCUACCUGCACCAAUCACAAGUGCAGCAAAGCUACAGCUCAACAGACAUUUCCUGUACCUGCUAAAGGAUGGAGAACGCAACGGAGGUCGGGGAGUUGCAGUCGGAUACCUGAAGGUUGGAUAUAAGAAGCUCUUUCUCCUUGACCAGAGGGGGGCGCACUUGGAGACCGAGCCUCUGUGUGUACUGGAUUUUUAUGUGACUGAGAGCCUGCAGAGACACGGAUACGGGCUCGAACUGUUCCACUUUAUGCUGGAGCACCAGAAGGUGGAGCCUGAGCUGAUGGCCUACGACAGACCUUCCCCGAAAUUCCUGGCCUUUCUAGCGAAACACUUUGAACUUAAACACAGUGUGCCUCAGGUGAAUAACUUUGUGGUGUUUGAGGGAUUCUUCAGAAACAGAUCAGCGGCUCCGCUGAGAAAAGUAACACCAAAAAAGCCAGAGGGAGAGAUCAAGCCAUACUCGCUAAUGGAGAGGGAAGUGGUCAGAGAGGAGCAGAGGGCCCGCCCGUGGCCCUUCAUUCGCACCGCGGACAUUCCCCCGUCUCCGUUGGUAUCCUCCCCGUUCUCCCGCUCCCACAGCGUGGAAUCGUCCCCCAGCCGCACUCCUCGUCCCCCUCACGCCAGCAUAACACAGCUGAGCGACAACUGCAGGGCAAAACGCACCAGCACUCAGGGUUUGGUUGCCAGACACAACCUCUACAGUCGCCAUAUCAGCAGCCGAGGUCUCGGGCUCUUAAUGGCGGGACAGCCGAAGCUGCCAGGGUUGAAGCCAGUUCUCAGUAAGAACGUGUGUGAAACAGGGGGACGUGCGGACGCACCGGGACACACAAACCCCACACAAAGCACACAGCUGCAGGGUUCGACCGUCUCUCCGCCAGCGCUGCCAAAUCUGCAGACGUCCGUGAGGACGAAAACCGACGAGGCAGAUUUCACCGACCAGGCCGGAGUGCAGAAUAGCAGGUCAGUAACCGGACGUGCAGCGGCGGUAAACGGGGACGGCUGGUCCUGGACGUUGGGGGAGAACUGCACGGCCCAGUGGGUCCGCCAGAAACACGAAUUUCGCAGCACGCGGCCCUGGUGACGCCAGAGCGCAGCACAGCUGGAGGAAGAUCAGAGGAAAGAAGGAACUCGAGGACGCGAGGGGGGAAACUCAACCAAACAAAGCGGGGAUAACGAAAGCAUGCGCUUCACGUCCUCUCACCGAGAGAAAUCCUAACUAGCUGGAGGCCAGAACACAUAUCACCAGCUCAGAGGAGAUAAGUUUUACAGCAUGACGUACCUCAGAUGUAGCAGCUACAGGUUUAUCUGUGUGGCUUAGUCGUUAUUAUUGUAGCCACGCAUCGAUGUCUCAGUUUGUAACUGUUGAUACGGUUUUAUGUCGACAAAAUCAGGGACUUUUGUACUUGAAAAUACGUUUUAGCAGAUGCACUAUGUAAUUUAAACACAACUGCUACUAAACAGAAAUAAAACGAAGGUUUCAAAGCAACUUAGUUUGGUUU